CUCCGGGCCGGCACCCAGGUUCAGUAGCGGGUUGGAAGCGGCGUGGGGAAGCCGUGAGGUGCCACCCAGAGGCCGCCGAGGCAGGGCAGAGCUAAAAUAGACUUCAGUUCCUGGCGAAGGCGCGCGGCAUAUGGGCGAUGGGCCCCUUACAUGACUGCCCCUGCCAGCCAGUCUGCCUUCUUCUCUGUCAACCCCUCUGGCGAUCGGUCAGAUACGACACCAUCUAUCGCCCCUGUCGGGCAAAGCCGUCGGUUGAGACGUGCAGGAACACCAGCCACAUACCUACCCCUCUCUGCAUCGUCGAUGCGGCUGCGGCCCAGUGCUCGGGCGGCCAGGGCGAAUCGCACACCUGCGAACGCUGGGCUUGCUCAUCAUGGCUUCGCAAUUUCUGGUAUUAGCCGCGCUAUCAUCCAAAGGAGCUGGUGCACUCUCUCACGCGCCGGCGAGAUAUGAAUGAUCUAAUCCCGCACUCAAAUGGCGGCAUCGCCAUCGCGUCCUGCAGAGUCUCGAUAUUCGGCCACGCGUAAGCAGUCGUCUGUACCACACCCACCAUUUUCGAGGACUGCAGUCAAAGGCCGCAAGACAGACUCCCGCUUAUACACUGCUUGAAAGCUAGCUAAGGAAUACUGACAAGGCCCGACUGCUUAGUCUAAGAGUGAACUACAAGUGAUGCUCCCAUCACUUCCAAUCGCCUACCGAGAGCACACGGGCGCGUGUGGGCUCCCACAUUCCGACGGUACUUGGAGCUCGACCCUAUAUCCGCCCGGAAGGUGCAAUAUCCAUGCCGCCCUGCCCCGAAAUACCCAAUGCAACAGACUCUAUAUUCCAUAUAGCCCUCAUGUACCAUGCCAUCAUCUCCAGCUCGCCGCUACCUCCCCGCAUCGCCCUCACUUCACCCGGGUCGCUGGCGCCCAGGACAACGGAUGCAAUGCAGCUUGCCAUCGCCCUCUAGAGUGCCUGCAGCCGGGCGGUUCGCUCGCCAUCUGUGCAAUACAUUCAGAACGACGAACCCCUCGUGCCCCGCAAGCCGGUGUGCCACUCCCGCCAGCUUUCGAGGCCGUCCCCCAUGCAAACAUCGUCUUUAUCCAUAUUGCGUUGCAAGAUGCUAUCGAUCUAGCCCGACCUGGGCGGCCCGCGACGUACGCGUUUUUGGGAGGUCUUGCGAGGUUUUUGCGAGACCGGCAACGGGCAUGGGGAUGGAAGAGACGCCGAUCCGGAGAUUUCUACACAUCUUCUUUCCUCUUCUUCGAUAUGACUUGGCCUAUAUAAAGCCGACGACGGCGCGACAAAUGCUCAAUCUCAAUAGCCCUCUCCUCAGGCCGCUCUGGUGAUCUCCUACUCGCCUCCUUCGCCCUUUGUUCCGAGAAGUUCCCAGCUUCUUCUGCUCUCCCCCAACCAGUCAAGUCACACAAGGCACACACGGUCUUACCGGAACUGCCCGCCAUGCAGACCCCAAGCUUCCUGCAGCUGGUCCUCACGGGCCUGCUCGCCACCUCCUCGGUCGCCUCGCUGAACCUGCCGGCCGCCAACGGGCCCGCCGGCCUCGUCCGCUAUGUCGGAGCUCUGGCCGUCAUGGCGGUCCCCGCCGUCUCGAGCCCGGUCGCCGUCUCGAUGAGCGAGGAGCUGGUUGAGCGCGACGAGACUGAGAUCGAGGAUGCGGACAAGAAGAAGAAGAAGAAGGGGAAGAAGGGAAAGGGAAAGAAGCACGGCAAGGGCAAGCACGGCAAGGGUAAGCCCGGAAAGCCCGGGAAGCCCGAGAAGCCCAGCAAGCCUGAGAAGCCUGAGAAGCCUGAGAAGCCAACCAAGCCUGAGAUGCCAACCAAGCCCGAGAAGCCUGAGAUGCCUAAGGUGCCAACCAAGCCUGAGAUGCCAACCAAGCCCGAGAAGCCUGAGAUGCCUAAGAUGCCAACCAAGCCUGAGAUGCCAACCAAGCCCGACAUGCCCAAGGUGCCCGACCCGAUCUUCAAGAUUGGCGGCCGCGACAUCGCCGAGAGGGACGAGGCCACGCCCGAGCCGGCUGCCGACGCCGAGGUCGAGGACGCCGACAAGAAGAAGAAGAAGAAGAAGCACGGCAAGGGAAAGAAGGGCAAGGGCAAGAAGGGCAAGGGCAAGCACGGCAAGGGCAAGCACGGCAAGGGUAAGGGCAAGGGCAAGGGCAAGCCCGAGUAGGCUGAGAAGCCGGACGCCCGUCAAGCCGGCCCCGCCACGACCUCCCGCCGAGCUGCCCGAGUACGGUCAAGCCGUGCUCGAGACCAGCGAUCUCGCAUCGCGUGCACCUCUUUUUACGGGUGGCUAGUUGGCGUCCUUGGAUUAGGAGGGCGGAUGCCGGUUUAGGGAGGCGGUUGAGAGUCGCAGAGAUGAUACAGGCGGACACCAGCAACCUCACAUUCUCUCUUUCGAUUCUCGGCUUUCGCGGGACUCUUGCUUCCAACAUUUCUUUUCUUGCUCGUAUUACUUUCACUAGCCCCUUUUAUCCGGCUGACAGUCAUCACAGACGCUCACUCGUGUGUAAAUAUCUCCUUAACCUGUAGUCAAAAAUCCAACAGUCGAUGAGCAUA